GAUCAACAAUUGGCUCCCCAAAAAUCACAAGAAUAUGAUGAUAAAAGAGUAUAUACUAGAAACUCACGGAUGUUCAUGGCUGUGAGUGUAAUUUCUGGGUUAUUGGUUUUGGCCCUCGAAGUCUACAUGUUUGCUGUCAUAAACAUCCAUAAAAAUAACUACCAACAAUUUCGGUAUGUUGAGAUCUCCAUCUUCUUAGCAUUGUUCAUUUUCGCAGCCAUUUACCAGAUCAUUUUGACAUUCAUUGGGCUCAGAACCAAGAAUAUGUUGCUCUUAACCAUGUUAUGCAUUUUCGAAGCAUGUAUGUUGAUCUACACCGGUAUCCAAUAUCAGGAAGUCACCGAUAAAAUUGAAUUGUUCUUAGACGGUGGCUGGAGAAGAGCGACAAGAGCCUCCAGUAUUGCUACUAUAUGUGUCAUUGCGGUAACAUUGGUGGUUCAGGUGUAUCUUGUUUUCUUUGUUCUUCGUAAGAACGUCUACUGGUUUAGAUUCAAAAAAAUCGGCGGUGACCUAAAAAUCAGAAGAAUGUAUAGCGUGUUCCAGAUUCACAGAUCAUUAUUGAUUUUCGAUUUGUUCUUCUUCAUUGGCUUUACUAUCCAGUUCAUCGUGAUUAUGGUAAAGCGCCGUAAUUCUGUGGAGUUCAUCUUAACCAUCUGUGUCUUGCCAGUUGCAUUAGUGGUACUUUUACUUAGUGAUAUCGCGGUCACUCGUGAAGUCCUUGCAUUAUCCAUUCUUACAACUACCUGCUUUUUCGGAGCAUGCGCUUAUGUGCUCUUCAAAAUGAUCAGAUUGUAUACCAAGUACACCUCAGCCUACAAUAUCAAUAUUAAAAAUCCUGGGGACUACUUCCCAGGGCGUAAAUCGCUUAUAACCUUUGGUGCCUUGACUUUGGUACUUUUGGUUCUGACCAUCGUGAUAGAGAUUUGGGUUAUGAGAAACUACAAGCGCGGUUUAUUGCCGCUGGUCAGUGUGUAUUACUCGUGGUUGCCGGGCCAUAAUAAA